AGCGGGUGAAUCAGCUGACAUUUUCUAUCAUAUCCGGAGAUUUCUCGAGAAACUGAGAGAUCGAGAGAGAAAAUAAUUCGCAGGGAAUUAGGAUAGCUUUAAAUUUUCCUGCGUGUUAUCGCUCUCGAUUCAUCUCCGGUUACCUGAUCUAUUCGUCACCAUGACAACAUCAAGGCGUCUUGCAGAGAGGAAGGUGGAGAAGUUCCAAAAGAACAUAACAAAGAGAGGAGCUGUGGCUGAGACUACUACAAAGAAGGGGAAUGAUUAUCCUGUCGGCCCCGUCCUGCUUGGGUUCUUCAUUUUCGUCGUCAUUGGAUCCUCUCUCUUCCAGAUUAUCAGGACUGCGACCGGUGGAGGCAUGGCAUAAAUCUGCACAAGCAAAUGUUGAGAAAUUGCAGAGACUGUGCUCCUUUUCUGUUAGUUUUGUAGGGAAUUGACGAUACAUUUACUAGAAAUAUGUUUAUGUUGUGAAGUGUUCGAAAUUUGAAUAAAUUAAACUCCUCCCGUUCCGUGGCUUUUCA